ACCACUCAGUCAUCCAAACACUCCACCAUCCAAACACUCCACCGUCCUACCACUCACUCAUCCAACCACUCAGUCAUCCAAACACUCCACCAUCCUACCACUCACUCAUCCAACCACUCAGUCAUCCAAACACUCCACCGUCCUACCACUCACUCAUCCAACCACUGUCAUCCAAACACUCCACCAUUCUACCACUCACUCAUCCAACCACUCAGUCAUCCAAACACUCCACCAUCCUACCACUCACUCAUCCCGGUACUCAUCCAACUACUUACUCAUCCAAACAUUCAACCAUCCAACCACUCACUCAUCCAACCACUCAGUCAUCCAAACACUCAAUCAUCUUACACCACUGACUAAUCCAACUAGUCCUCUAUCCAGUAUAAAGGCCUAAAAGUAUCCUCAGAAUGCUAAUCUAUAAGGUAGUUCAGUUACACGCUUUGCAAAAUGUCAAUAAUUUUUUAACUUGUAUGCUGGACUAUGUUACCCUGCGCGCAGAGUAUAGUUAUAAACUAAGACGAAGCUCUCUUUUAAGAAAUGAAGUUGAACGAAUGCAAAGGGUAGCCCUAUGUAUGGAAUCCUGUAGCUCCUGUAUGUUAUCUACACUGAGUCAUGCAUGC